UGAACAAGACUGGAGGUCAUGUAGUCAGACUUGCAACAAGUGAGGCUGAAUUGUAUGCCAAGAAGAAAGAGAGUUGUUGGAAUUACACAGAAGUUUGUAAGUGUAUUUAAGGUUUCUGCGUCACCUCUGUGGCUCAAAAUGAUUCGAACUUAAUUGACUUGUAUGCAUAAAAGAUGCGUCCUAAUUAAAAGCCCAAUAACCGUUUAGUGUCAUGAUCCAAUUGUGCUGGAGUCAUAGUGUAGAAUGUAAAAUGGCUACCAGGAGCUAUUUAGGAUUUACAGUGAAAGCCACUAAGCCAAAGCUGCGUUUUAUGAGACCUCUCUGUAAUAUUCAGCUUUUUUUUCUUUUUUUUGUUUAGGAUCUUAUACAACUCCCCUGCUUACUUGUCUCCAAGAGUGAGUGCAUGCACAACUUGGACCAGAAAUAGCACUUCAAAGUUUUGCAUUACGCUGGUGAUGCCUCUGAAGGCUACAGCUGUGAGCCUCAUGAACCCCAUGCGCAAAGGCCAUUUAAUAAACAUCUUUUGGAUCCGUCAUGUCUCAAAAUAUUGACUCAAUUUCUAACGUGCUUGAUAUGACGCUGUCAGCAACGAUUUUGACAAGUCAAUUGAAAAGAACGAACCCAGAGGAAUGUAGUUUUUACAAUUAUUUUUCUCAUAUAAAAAUAUCUGCCAUGUGAGUCAGCACACUGAGUUAAUUAACUUCGCCUUGUGUCUGAAAAAGACGCACUCAGUCCUCCAAAAACACUUCAUUCUCUUACCAACAAAAUAAAAAUAAAAAAAGUGUGUCAGGUUGAGAUACUGACGAGCGUCUGUGACAGUACAUUUAGGUUGUAGUUUUACAACCUUCACAAAUGACUUCAUGAUCACCGCAGAAGUUAAGUAACACACGUGAACACAUUUCAUAUUCGACAUCAAAGUGACCAGUCAGUGUAUGUAAAGGUCUUUAAGGUCACUCCAGUCACUCAUUUAUUUUUGACUGCAACUACAAAGACUGAGCGUUCACUCCAAACAUCCUCCCCAAAAAUAUCUGAAGCGUUCGGUCAGGCAAUUUUAGUUGCAACACACAAGAUGCAACUCGAAAGACUUCAAACAAAUAAGACAAAAGUGUUAAUUAUAACUGUAUUUCCAAGACAAAACAAAAUAAUCUAAAUUUAAGUUUAAGUUAAUAGAUUAGUUAAAAUUUCGGGCAUUUGUGUUUGUUAGAGACAAAUUAUCCACCGUGCUUAAGACUAUAAUCCGUGUACAUUAACAUUCAAACAUUACUCGACAUUUUAAUAACCACAUAUUAGAUUUUCUUUUAAAUAGUCCUGUUCGUCGGCUGAUGGUUUAAACAGACCGUUCAUGGGAGGACAAAAAAAUUCAAUAAUGGAUAAUUAUACGGCAUGUUGUUAUGAUCCAUAACUAAUAUUUUUCUUUUAAGCAUUUAAAUUAAAAGCAGAAAAGAAUGACUCACAUAAAACAUAAUACUUUGUAGGAUAAUAUUGUAGUAACCGAUACUUACAGUACACACAUGUUUUAUUUUGAACUGCAACGGCACCACCUCCUGUGACCCUCAUCUGCUGCCGUCCUGGGUCUAAAGCAAAAUUACCCCGGAUCAUAACAACAGGUCCCGUCCAUUACAUUUUUUUCCUCGGGACAAUGGCCGCAGCUCGCCCUAUUCACACUUCCUACACACACGGAUCCCACCAAGCAGAGCACGGAGUCAGACGCUGUAGUGCGCGCUGAAGGGCAAACCACUGGAUAUGUAAAUAUGGGUUUUAUCAAAGCGCACAUUAAUGGUAGCUAUCCCGGACACUAUGGUCAUCAUCCUGACGCUGGGAACCAUACCCUCUUCUCCGGACUCCAUCACGACCAGCCUUCUAGCGGAUCACCGGGUGGCCAAGCGCUGAAUGGACAAAUAAGGUUAGGACUACCUGGAGAAAUGUAUGUUAGGUCUGAUCACUUGAGUCAAGUGGCAAGCUCCAGGGCUGAUCCGUUCUCCGCCUCGCCUUUGCAUGGCUACGGUGGUCUGAAUCUGAACAUGAAUCUGAGCGCUCACCACCACCACCACGGAGCCGGUGCCUUUUUCCGCUACAUGAGGCAGCCGAUAAAGCAAGAGCUGAUCUGCAAGUGGCUGGAGCCGGAGCACUCGCCGAAGAAACUUUGCUCCAAAACUUACAGCACCAUGCACGAACUCGUAACGCAUGUGACGGUGGAGCACGUCGGAGGACCAGAGCAAGCGAACCAUAUAUGUUUUUGGGAAGAGUGUCCGAGGGAAGGCAAACCAUUUAAAGCCAAGUACAAACUUGUAAAUCACAUUCGAGUGCACACCGGGGAGAAACCGUUUCCAUGCCCGUUCCCUGGCUGUGGGAAAGUGUUUGCAAGAUCCGAGAAUCUUAAGAUUCACAAAAGGACGCACACAGGUGAGAAGCCCUUCAAAUGUGAGUUUGACGGCUGCGACAGACGCUUCGCCAACAGCAGUGACCGGAAAAAGCACUCCCACGUCCACACCAGCGAUAAGCCCUACAACUGCAAAGUGAGAGGCUGCGAUAAGUCCUACACACACCCCAGCUCCCUGAGGAAACACAUGAAGGUGCACUGCAAGUCCCCCCCGCCCAGUUCAGGCUACGAAUCAUCCACCCCGUCCCUGGUCUCCCCCUCCUCAGACUUGGGCCGGGAGCCAGGAGGCUCCUCGGUGCUGUCGGAGCCGGUGGGAGCCUCCCAGCCCGCGAAUUUAAGUGAAUGGUACGUGUGCCACAGUUCAGGUGCCAGCGGCGCCCAAACACCACCCAGCGGGCCAUCCACGCCCGACCCCACAGACGAGCCACCUUACAGAAACCAAGAACCGAGGGACGCGUUUUAACCCAAUCGGACUCAAGCACGGUGACAGAAGAAGUGACAGAACACGUUUUCAAAAGCUCAAACUAUUAAAAAUGGUUUGGCUUUGGUGCCUAUAUACGCCUGUGAAGGCCCCACUGGUCCCCCCUUCUUUUUGGAUGAGCCACCAAACAGACACCCAAGAGCCAAGUGACGCGUUUUAACCACAUUGGAAGGAAAAUGUGCAAACCUUAAAGACGUGCUAAUUUCCAGGCACAAUAAAAGAAUAUAUUUUCAAACCUCAGCGAUUCAAAAUGGUUGGCUCUGUGCCUAUGACGCCCUGACGGCCCACUGCUCCACUUGUGGAGAGACCCGUGUAAAUCGAAUAUGUGGUACAUUAUUGUUAGGCUAGGCAUGUUGGUGUAAAGUUAUUUUGUAAAUUCGAGUUUUUCUUCAAUAUGUUUUUAUUUAUUUUUCCAAUCUGACCUUGAAGGAUUUUGUAUCAUCGAACCAAAGUGCAUGUUUCAAUUAGGGCAAAACUGUACAUUUGUAAAUUUUGUAACUUUUCGAUGUGUUGAUGUUGAUAGUUUUGGAAGGAUCUGUCUCAAAGCAGCUUCUUACCGGUUCCUGCAGUUAUUUGUACAAACAUUUUUAUGUUUACAGCAUUUUUUUUUCCUCCUCCAUUUGUGCAGAGGGUCAACAAUCGACCUGUUUCAUAAGCCUGCAGUAUUUGAUAUACGACCGUGAAAUUAUAAAUGUUUUAUCAAAGUGGGCAAUUUGUGGUUUUGUAUCAUUGUCGUCAAUAUUUUUUUUUUUCCUUUUUUGAAUAUCUGAAAUCAAGCGAUACUCAAAAUGCGUACCGGAUUGCCUUGUAAUUUGUGAGUAUUUUGAAUAAAUCUUGUAUGACUAAAGUGAAAA